UGGUUUUAUUUUGGAGGUUCCGACGCGAAGGAUCAUUUGGUUUUACGCGCUCGUCAGUGCUCCCUCCGCUCAGAGGAACGCAGAGAAGAUGGCUGCGCUACGAGUCGUGGUGCUAUCGGGGAGUGGGAGAGCCCUCCUCAACACAUCGAAAUCUGUCAAGACCCCCGUGGCCAACAUGUCCUUCGGCAGCCUGCCUCGGAGCAGGAAGGUUGCCCUGAGCACAUUAGGCGUGGUCACUGCCGGAGGGGCGGGGCUCGCUCUCAUGCUGCAUCAGUCCGUCAAAGCCUCCGACCUGGAGCUUCACCCCCCUAAUUACCCAUGGAGCCACGCUGGACCUCUGUCCUCUUUGGACCACGCCAGCGUGCGCCGUGGUUACCAGGUCUAUAAGCAGGUGUGCUCAGCCUGCCACAGUAUGGAGUACCUUGCCUUCAGAAAUCUGGUGGGAGUGUCGCACACAGAGGCUGAGGUCAAGACCAUGGCUGAGGAGGCUGAGGUGGUGGAUGGUCCUGAUGACAGCGGAGAGAUGUUCACCCGCCCUGGAAAGCUGUCGGACUACUUCCCAAAACCAUACCCCAACCCCGAGGCUGCCCGCGCCGCCAACAACGGAGCGCUGCCCCCCGACCUCAGCUACAUCAUCAAUGCCAGACACGGAGGAGAGGACUACGUGUUCAGCUUGCUGACGGGAUACUGUGAGCCUCCUGCAGGAGUGGCGGUGAGGGAGGGGCUCCACUACAACCCCUACUUCGUCGGCCAGGCCAUCGGCAUGGCCGCCCCAAUCUACAAUGAGGUGCUGGAGUUUGAGGAUGGAACACCUGCCUCCAUGAGUCAGGUUGCUAAGGACGUGUGUACGUUCCUGAAGUGGGCCGGAGAGCCAGCGCACGACCAACGCAAACGCAUGGGGCUGAAGCUGCUGAUGGGCGCCGGCAUCGUGGUCCCUCUGCUUUACUACAUGAAAAGACACAGGUGGUCUGUGCUGAAGAGCAGGAAGAUCGCCUACAGGCCUCCCAAGUAAUCGGAAACAAACGCACCCUACCUGGGCCCUAACCAUACCAGAGCGGGCUGCGUUCAAUGACCCCACAACGCUCACAUCACGAUAAUCAUGUGGACAAACAACAACUGGCACAGAAAUAAGAGUAUAUAUAUAUCUAUACAAUGUUUAUUCCCACGGAACAAUGUCUGUUUUUAGUUGUUGGCAUGGUAGUAUGUACUGUGAGAGUUGUGGUGUCCUUGAACGCACCCUCCACACAAUGCUUGUUUGUUUGACCUGCAUUGAGUCAUUACCGGAGGCAGUUCACGGUCAUGUCAUCACGUAUCAGACACUUUGUCACAAUUAACUUAUUAGUUGAUUGACUGUCCAUCUUUGUAAGAUACUCAAUAAUCACACAAGCGCUGAGAAAUGGUUGCUGUUCCUCUCCACAGCCACAGUGGAUGCAGUGCAAACUCCCAACCUCUGUUUUACUGUACAAAAUAAAUUAUCUUAAAGGAGACAUUAGUGUGGCUGUUUUGUGUUCCUAUGCUUUUGUCAUGUAAAAAUGAAAAAACGAUGAGUAAACAAUCCCUGUUAUACACAACAGUCCUGCCGCAAGUCCUAUCUCACAAAGCUUAUAAUGGUGAAUUAUAGUUGUAUAAUUGUUACUGCUGUCCAGCUUCUUAAAGCCCAAUAUAGGAGUUUCAUAAACCCGGAAUACAGUGUAAAACAUAUUCAUAAUGUAUUCAUUACCAUGGUUGGAAUUGAAAUAAAAUAUGAAAGUGAAA